ACAGCGCCCGAAUGUCCCCGCCCAGUCUCCUCCCUCUCAUGGCAUGUCCCCGCCCAGUCUCCUCCCUCUCAUGCCUCUUCCCGCCCAGUCACUUUCCCACCCUCAUCUCAACGAUCCCGCCCAAUCUCCUCUCGCAUACUCGCGCGUCCCCGCCCAGUCUCCUGCUCCGGGCGCGCCCCCUGACUGUCCGGAGACGAGUCUAGCGCUCGUGCACUGGAGGCUGCAGUGUGGGAGAAUAGGAGGCUCGGCGGUGAGUGAGGACAAAGAAGUAGCAGGAUUCUUACUCAUAAUAUUAGAAGACGUCGUGAAAAGGGACAAUGUUCUCUAACAAGCCAACUAGAGACGUCAAUUUCUUCUUACACCUCUAGAGCAUUCACAAAAAAUUCUCAUGUUCUGGAUAGAAGAAACAUUCAACAACUAAUUUGAUUCUCCUCUCAUACAUGAUGAGCCUCAAAGGAGAGAGAACACAUCUGUGCUCUGAGUGCGACAAAAGCUUUAAUCGUUAUUCAGAGCUUCUCACACAUCACAAGAGCCACACAGGAGAGAAACCAUUUACAUGCUCUGAGUGCAGCAAAUCUUUCACCCGUAAUUCAAGUCUUGAAAGACAUUGGAAGAGUCACUCAGGAGAAAAACCAUUUAAAUGCUCUGAAUGCAGCAAGUGUCUUACCUCCAAGCAACAACUUGUUCUCCAUCAGAGAAUUCACACAGGAGAAAAACCAUUUCAGUGCUCUGAAUGUAGCAAGUGUUUUAUCGCCAAGCGACAACUUAUUAAACAUCAGACAAUUCACACAGGCUCUGACUCUAGCAAGUAUUUCCCCCAAAAUUCAUCUCUUGUCAUUCAUCAGAGGAACCACACCGGAGAGAAAUCUAAUAAAUGUUCAGAAUGCAGCAAGUGUCUUUCCACCAAGCAACAACUUGUUAAGCACAAGAGACUUCACACAGGAGAAAAGCCAUUUAAAUGCCCUGAAUGUAUCAAGUGUUAUAUAGAUCAGUCAAGUCUUCUUAGACAUCAAAAGAUUCACACAGGAGCGAAACCAUAUAAAUGUUCUGAUUGCAGCAAAUGUUUUGUCUAUAAGGGAGAUCUUGUUACACAUCAGAGGAUUCACACAGGAGUGAAUCCAUAUAAAUGUUUAGAAUGCAAAAAGUGUUUUUACCAUAAAUCACAACUUGUCAGUCAUCAUAUGGUUCACACAGGAGAGAAACCAUUUAAAUGUUCUGAAUGCAGCAAAUGUUUUUACAAAAAGUCGCAACUUGUUAUACAUCUGAGGAUUCACACAGGAGAGAAACCAUUUACCUGCUCAGAAUGCAGCAAUUGUUUUAAAGAUUUGUCAAGUCUUCGUAAACAUCAGUGGAGUCACACAGGAGAGAAACCAUAUACCUGCACUGAAUGCAGCAAGAGUUUUACACAUUUUUCAGGUCUUCGCGAACAUCAGAGGAGUCACACAGGAGAGAAACCAUUUACAUGUUCUGAAUGUAGCAAAUGUUUUUCCCGUAAGUUAUCUCUUGUUAGACAUCAGAGGAGCCACACAGGAGAGAAACCAUAUAAAUGUUCAGAAUGUGGCCAGUGUUUUACCGCCAACCGACAACUUGUUAUACAUGAGAGGAGUCACACAGGAGAGAAACCAUUUAUAUGCUCUGAAUGUAGCAAGUGUUUUAGCUCCAAGCGACGACUUGUUUUACAUCAGAAGAUUCACACAGGAGAGAAACCGUAUAAAUGUUCAGAAUGCAGCAAGUGUUUUUACCAUAAAUCAGAACUUGUCCGUCAUCAUAUGAUUCACACAGGAGAGAAGCCAUUUAAAUGUUCUGAUUGCAGCAAAUGUUUUAGCUCCAAGUCGCAACUUGUUAUACAUCAGAGGAUUCACACAGGAGAGAAACCAUUUAAAUGUUCUGAUUGCAGCAAAUGUUUUACCUCCAAGCCACAACUUGUUAUACAUCAUAGGAUUCACACAGGAGAGAAACCAUUUAAAUGCUCUGAAUGUAGCAAGUGUUUUAUCUCCAAGCGACGACUUGUUUUACAUCAGAGGAUUCACACAGGAGAGAAACCGUAUAAAUGUUCAGAAUGCAGCAAGUGUUUUACUUCCAAGCCACAACUUGUUAUACAUCAGAGGAUUCACACAGGAGAGAAACCAUUUAAAUGUUCUGAAUGUAUCAAAUGUUUUACCUACAAGCCACAACUUGUUAUACAUCGGAGAAUUCACAAAGGAGAAAAAACAUUUAUAUGCUUUGAAUGCAGAAAAUGUUUUACAGAUGGCUCACGUCUUCGUAAACAUCAGAAGAUUCACACCGGAGAUAAACAAUUUACAUGUUCUGAAUGUAGCAAAUGUUUUCCCCGUAGGUCAUCUCUUGUUAUACAUCAGAGGAGCCACGCAGGAGUGAAAUCAUAUAAAUGUUUUGAAUGCAGCAAAUGUUUUACCUCCAAGCGACAGCAUGUUACACAUAUGAGGAUUCACACAGAAGAAAAAUAUAUAUAAGUGCUCCAAAAGUAGCAAUUGCUAUACAGAAUUGUUCCGUCUUCUGAAACAUCAAAUGAUUCACACAGAAGAAACCAUUUACGUGUUCUGAAUGCAUACUGGUUUACUAGUAAGAAAAAUUCAUAAAUUAUCUUUUAUCACCACAAUAUCCAUACAAGGGAGCCAAUAUAAAUUUUCUGAAAUGUGGCAUGUGUUUUCUAUAAAUUGGUAUCGAUAAAUACAGGAGAGGAUGGAUUUUGUUUCCUUUAUACAGCUAUUGUUAAUGUCAUGUUAUAUAUGCCUAGUUAUUUGAUGUAUUGGGUUGUUUUGUUGUAUUUUGGGCAGUGCUACAGUUACAAGGAUAUUGAUUGUGUUAUAUUUAUUCUGUAGUGGCACCACUCAAAGACUCAGCAGAUAAAGCACCUUGAGUCCUAUUAAAGAAAGAGCGCUAUAUAAAUAAAAUUAUUAUUAUUAUUAUUAUUGUUGUAAAUUGCAUAGGAGAACUUUGUUACUUAGUAACUAUUGAUCAAAAGGCAAGGUACUUCUAAGAUGCAUAAGUUCAGUAAUUUAGAGUCAAGGCUUUUAGCAGAGACAAGACGUUGGUGGAUUCAGGAAAUUCUUCACAAAUAUAUAGAUCAUAAUAUGAUCCUUAGAGGGUGACACAUUUUCAAAUCCUGUUCCUUUAAGGAUGAUCCUAAAUUGACCGCUAAUUGGAAUACUGUAUUGGACAAGUGUUCAUUUCCACUGAUUAGACUAUUACUUUCAUAUAGAGGAAAUUAGAUUUCCAAAUUAUUUGGAGAAAUUGGAAAAAAACUCAAGACCUGCCGAAGUAUUUUUAAAAUGUGAUUGGGUUUAAAGAACGAGAUCAGAUAUUAAAUAAAAAUAAAUUGAGGAUAAUGAAAAAUUCCUGGGUAAUAAUGAAAAAUAUUGAUUUGACACUUUAAUACUUAGGCUAACAAUCUAGUGAGAUCCUUUACAGGAGGCAUGUCAGGAAUCAGUCUCCAGUAGGUAGAUCUAAUCCACCCUCUGAUUUUUUUAAGCUUAGAACAGACAGUUAUGUGAAACAACUGGGAAGAAAGAAUAGUGAAUUCCAAUAUGCGUGUAAAUGGAACAGAUGUAUAUAGACAGAUGUAAGUGUUGUAAUUAUAACUAAUCGUGUGAAGAUGAACAUUAUCCCAAGCUGAAUUAUCACUAUUUUUCGAAGGGGGCCAAUAUCAAAAUCAUUUAUCACAAAGUAAGAGAACUGAUCAAAAUUCUGGUGAAUUCAAAGUAGAGUAAACCAUUAAUCAAGACAAAUGACUAAUUUUUUUAGGACCGGAUUAUCAAAAAAGAUAGAGAUGAAGAUGCAGGUUAUGUAGAGGAGGUAGCAAUCCACUAAAAAGUGUAAAAAUAGGUUAAGAAAUAAAAGACAAGGACACUUUGCGAAAAAUGAAAAAUCAGUGAUUGUAAUGGGGGACUUGACGUAACCCUGAUAUGUUUGAUCGUAAGAGAUAUUUUGCCAAUAUAAACAUCGAAAUCAUUAAUGGUAGUGCUAUUGUCCUGGAUAAUGAUCAAGAAAUGAUUCAUGCAUUAGAUGAGCUCUUGGCUGAGAGUGGAGCUACCGACAAACUGUCAGAAUAUCCUGAGGUCAGUUAUAGAAUGAAGAAGGAUUUUUUAUAAUUUUGUACUAAAAAAAAUACAAUAUAUAUAAGAUCCAUCAGGAUAAUUUACGAAUGGUGAGUCUAUAAUAAUUAACGGGGCUGAUGAGGUGUUGUCAUUCAAGUUGGAAUUGAUUACCUCUCUGAGGCAUGCAAGCAGAUAAAUACGUUUUCUAGCAAAUUUACAUUUUUCAACGGUUCAAUUUCUAUUCAAGUUGAAAAAUCUGUUGGAUAGUGCACUGACCAAGGGUGAUAUUUAAAUUGUUUUCUUUAUGCUGCACACCCGAUUAUUCCCACCUAUUAUCACCUCUCUAAAAUUCAUAAAUAUUUAUUCUCACUACCUGGGUGUCCUGUUAUAUCUGGGUUCUUUAAUCACUAAACUAUCUUUUGUUGACUCUUAUCUUCAAACUCACGUCAUUACUUUUCGAUUCCACAUCUGAGAUAUGCCCUAAUUCAAAACUUUAUGAAUGGUAUCACUUGGUAUGAGGGGUGUCCACUUGUGUGAUAUAGAGACUCUGUACACCAUACCCACAAAGGGGGAUUUGAGGCUGUCCAACAUUUGUUUAUUUAUUUAUAUAUAUAUAUAUAUAUAUAUAUAUAUGUAUGAAAUGCGAAAGCACUGACUGACUGACUCUAAUUCUCUUACGUCCCGAUAUGUUAGAUGAAAUGUAACAAGUAUUCUGCAGGUGAGAGAUAGUAAAACAAUGUAAUUAGAAUUUUAAAAAAACCUCCCGUAAUGUAAUGAAAGUGGGGGUUGACAUAAUGAUGUCUUUACCAAUGCGUGGCUUGCGUUGCAUGAACGAUACUGCCCAAAUGGACAAUUGGAUCAAAAUUUGGAUUGCACCUCCAGUGUGUAGAAUUUAAUAAACUACAAAAAUGGUCCUGUCUCUUUUCACCGUAUCUGCUACGGGUGAAUGCCAAGAACCAUGGAUUAAUAGUUACUUACAUUAAGACGUCUCAAAUUUACAGCUCUAAAGAUUUACCAAAUUUUUUACAUUUAUAUGUACAAAUGUGAAAAUCAGAAACUCCUGUGCGAAGAACGGGUAGAACAGCUAGUGUACUGAUAUGGGAUUGGAUCCUAGACAAUGUAAGUUUAUCCUGGAUUCAGUUUCUUUUAUUCUUUCUCAUCAUUUUUUUUUCUGCUCGACACAUCUCCAGGUACAUGGGAACACCAUGGGCAAUAUAGUUUGCCCCGAGUUUUGCCAGUUUGUACAUGGGGCUCUUUUAGGACCAAUUUUCACUGCAAACUUGGCGCUCCAUGGCAGGUAUUUAGACUACCUAUUUUGGCAUUUGGAGCUGGUAUUCUGAUUCAAUUCCUUCCUUUAGUUCUCAUCUUAAUACAAAUACUUUCCAUCAUUCACACAAGUUUUCUUGAUAUUGCCCCCUUGGUCAGGAAUAGUUAUGGACUGCAAUCUUUUAAAAAAAGCAGUACUGUAGUUUUGUUUUUCCCCAAAAAAUAUUUUUAUUAAAUUUCAAUAGGCAACAUGGUACAAGAGAGACUGUAUACAUAAAGAAAGCCAUGCAUAAAUCACGGUGAUGGGGACAGAAUAGUCCAUAAAGUGAUACACACUAAAAAUUAAUCAAUACAGUGUAGUGUCAGUCUUGCCAUAAUUUACAAGAAAACAGAACAAUUAUGCAAAUGUAGAAAAGGAAAGGGGAAGAAGUAUAAGAAACGCGUAGUAGGAUUCUGCUUUUAAGCGCGUCUCAAACCACUCAACCACUUAGAUCGAAAUAGAUUAAAUAUAACGUGGUAUGCAAGAUCCAAUGUACAUUACAGUUACAAUGCAAUAAAAGUAUAUUCCAACUCAGAA